GUUGAGCUUCCCAAUAUUCUAGACAUGGACCUGGCAUCUAAUCCAAAUGUAGAUGUAUUCCGGUGUAGUCUCAAUUGACGCCAACCGAAUCCGCUUCGCGGUUCGAGAUUGGAAGUCCAUGCUGGCGUUGAAAAUCCUUAGCGCUCGCAUACGGGACAUCUUAUCCGGGACAUUCCGGGAUCCACAGAAAAAGCUGUCUUACAAGCAGCAGCAGUGGGUACAAAUCUGGCAGCAGAUAUUCACGCAGGUGGGAAAAUGAAAGGUAUCGGUGCUAUGAAGGACCCAAAGCGGUUCUAUGUUUGUUUUUUGUAGGUAAAUGAACAUACCAUGCAUUGCAUUAGAGCCAGGAUAUGGAUACAC